CAGCGUCUCCGGCCCCACGUGUGUUUGGGCUGGAGCCGCCCGCUGAGUUGCUGCCGCGGCUGGUGUUGAGGUUGCCGGAGCUCGGAGGUUCCCCGGGGCCGCGAGGACGUCGCCAUGGUAUUUCUGCUGAAGUGGAAUUGCUGGAUCAUAUGCCUAAAGCACCAAAGGGAAAAAGUGUAGGACGGGAAAAAAAAGUCAUCCAUCCGUAUAGUAGAAAAGCAGCUCAAAUUACGAGAGAAGCUCACAAACAAGAGAAAAAGGAAAAGCUGAAGAAUGAAAAGGCCUUGCGUCUCAACUUUAUCGGUGAAAAACUGCAGUGGUUUCAAAAUCAUCUUGAUCCCAAAAAAGUAGUAUAUUCGAAGAAAGAUGCUUGUGAAUUAAUUGAAAGGUAUUUAAAUCGAUUCAGCAGUGAGCUGGAGCAGAUUGAAUUACAUAACAGCAUCAAAGACAGGCAGGGAAGGCGGCACUGUUCCCGGGAGACAGUCAUCAAGCAGACAAUGGAGCGUGAGCGGCAGCAGUAUGAAGGAUAUGGCCUUGAGAUUCCAGACAUUGUAAAUGCAGGUAAUCUGAAAACUUUUAGGGAAUGGGAUUUUGAUCUGAAGAAAUUGCCAAACAUUAAAAUGAGAAAAAUUUGUGCUAAUGAUGCACUUCCCAAGAAGUGCAAGAAGAAAACUAUUAUUACAACUGUAGACAAAGAUUUAGGGGAAUUGGAACUAAAAGAUGACUCGGACUCAGAUGACUUGGAUCAGGAAAUGACGGCAGUAGCCUAAUUCUCCUCUACUUGACUUGAAAAUAAUGUGAGAAGGCUUCGGGUUACACCUGAAUUGAUUAUAGUAAAUGAUUGUCUGGAUACAAGAAUUUGCUGUUUCACUUAUUCUCUGACAUGAUGAGAACAGCUUUUGCAGUUUCAAAAACAGUAUUAUGAUUUUAUUUAGAAAUGACUCUUUGGGGGCCGGCCCCGUGGCUGAGUGGUUAAAGUUCCACACACUCCGCUUUGGUGGCCCGGGUUCUUGGGUUCGUAUCCUGGGUGCGGACCUACUCCACUCAUCAGCCAUGCUGUGGAGCCAUCCCAAAUACAAAAUAGAGGAAGAUUGUCACAGGUGUUAGCUCAGGGCUAAUCUUCCUCAAGCAAAAAAAGAAGACUGCGAAUGAUGUUAGCUCAGGGCCAAUUUUCCUCACCAAUAAAAAAAAAAAUUAUUGUUUGUUUUCAUUUACAUUAAGUUGCUAAAAUAGAUACAGUGAAAUAAAAUAAAAUAGUCAUCUUUAAAAUUGAUUUAAUCCGAAUUACCGGGGCAGAGGGAGCAAUAUGAGUGAGGACAAAAAAUAUUUUAAUUUUUUCCCUCGUGUUUAUUUAGGAUCACCUAAUCUCACAUUUUGGGGCAUGAACAGCAACCUGCUUUCUAAAAGGGUCCUAUGUAUGGAUACUUCUUGAGCAGUGAUGAUAGCAAAAUUGUCUUCCAGUAAUAAUAUUAUUUCAGUAAUCUUACUCUUAAACCUAUUUCCUUUCCUUAUAAAAUAGGGAAAUGUGAUAUAGAAUUCAUAUACACUGAUGGAUUGUACAUUAUUUUUGUCUUUGAGCCAGAGUUAAAUGGUAACAAGAACAGUCACUGUUUUUUUUUUUUUUAUGUUGAUCUCCCACGCUUAAUCUGUUAUCUUUUGAUAGGGAUCAAUGAUUUUAGGUUCUUUUUGGUUGCAUAUUCUUUUCUACUUUCUCAUUGUGCAGAGUGAUAGGUUUUACUUGUGGAAACAGAACUAAAGAUUAGUUAGCCAGUUAUUUCAAUUGUGUUAUUCUUUCUUCUAAGAGAUGGGUUAAAUGACAUCUAUCAUGAAAAACAUGAAUGUGGUAGAAUGUUGUUCUUCACAGAACUUGUUAAAUGCAAGUGUCUUUUAGUCUAUUUUGUAAAGGAUGCAUUGCAAGUAUAUUUGAGUAUUUUCCAGAAAAGAAAAACAAAACGUUAGUGCUGUGUAAGGUUAACUAGAUAUCAACUAAGUCCUAACAGUUUAUUUAAAGUGUUACAGCUUUUUUACUUCUGAAAAUUGAAAAUAAAAUGUAUUUUCAUAAUUUUA